AAUCGGUAGUGGGACUAUUAUAGCGGUCAAGAAUAGUCUUUGUUCAAACCAAUUUGAUCUUGUCCAAGAGCUUAGUGACUUCGAAGUAGUGUUAGUCGAAGUGACAAAUUUAUAUAAUAGUAGAAAGAUAUUGUUGGUAUGCUGCUAUCGUCAGUCAAAUGAUCGUGGUUUUCUUAAGAACUUUGAGCAAAUAUUAAGCAGGUUGAAUACGAAUGACCAUUACACCGUUAUAUUUUUGGGAGAUUUUAAUUAUCCAGCAAUUCGCUUGAUAGAAGAAUCUGGUUUUUCAAAUUCAGUGUCAGGCGAAGAUAAUGACUUUGUGAACGUACUAAUGGAUAAUUAUAUUUAUCAACUAGUUGAAGUCCCAACUAGAGGUGAUAAAAUUCUUGUUCUUGUGCUAACCUAUACUCCCUUUGGUGUUACAUCG